AUGGAAACUGCUAGCUUUAAAACCGGUGGUUCUCCUCAUAAAGAUUAUAGCAAUGAAAAAACCAAUAACCAUGAUGAAAAGAUGAAAAUAUUCAAUUGUAUCAUCUGCUUUAAUGAGGCCAAGUAACCAGUUGUCAGUUUUUGUGGCCAUUUAUUUUGGUUAGUAUCAUUGGUACAUAAUUGGUACACAAUUGUAAUAACAAUAUUAGGUAUAACUUGAUAGUAAACACUAAAUAUUUAUUAAAUUAGAUACUACCCAUAAUUAAGGAAAUAGAUCCAAUUUAUGUGACAUCAGUAUUCUACAAUUUUUCUUGAUACAUUCAUUUUAAACAUUUUUGUUGGCCAGUGGCUAAUUGGGCAACUGGAAAAUCAGGAGUUUUCUCAGUCUGGCGCUUUUUCAAAUAAUUACAUUAUAAAGUAUUUUGUGUCUAAAAGUUAUGCUGAAAUUUUUUUAAUUAAAUUAAUAAGUAGUUAUGUUUUAAUUAUUAUUUUUUUUUUUAAUUUAAAAUGUCAUUAAAAUAUACAUUUAGUGAAAUGUAGGUAGUUUAUAUAUAUAUAUAUAUAUAUAGAAAUAGUUUAUUUUAAUUUUAAUGGAUUAUUUAAAAUUAGUUAUUAUUAGACCUAGGUAUGUUAAGAAGUAUAUAUAUAAUUUUUUCACAUCUUCGAAAACAAUGUGAGCGUUUAAUAUCAACUACUUAUUCUAAAUUUAUAUUUGAAAAUAACAUUGAAGUUAGUAUAAAGUUUUUUUUUGGAAAUAUAUUAAUUCUUUAAAGAAGAAUAUUUCAACUAUCCCUGAUAUUGUAUCUUACAACACCAAAUUCUAUCUUCAAGCAAUAAAAAAAAGUUCAGUUUUUUGCCAAUUAUUUUUCUAGUAUAUAUGUUGAACCUGUCAAUUCCCUCAUUUUUGUCAAUUAUUCUCAUUUUACAUGAAUGGUCGAUUAGUGAUUAGUGCUAUUCUAUGUGUUUUUAUAGGUCACAAUCACCAAUAAAAUGGGUUUAUUCUAUAAAUAAUAAUUAACUCUAAUAAGUUUUUCACACCAAAGAUCUUGGUAUUACUUUUUUAUAUAAUUUUAAUUUUAAUUAAUAUAUAAAUAGCACUAUUAGGAUAGCCCUAAAAGUUUUAUUCUUAUUCUAUUCGAUUUUUUCUUAAUGUCUCUGUGUAAAAUUUUAAACUCGCAUUGUGUUGUAGACCAGUGGUCUUCAACCUUUUUGGACUCAUGACCCACUUUUUUAGGCAUACAUUAUUCGCAACCCACAUAAGGUUUACAUAAAUAAAAACAUUUGUAGAAACACAAAAAAAAAAAUUUUAAAUUACUUAAUACUUUGUAGUAGUACUGUUUUAACUGAAUAAAUAAAAAUAAAAAAAACUUUUUAAUGGAUACGUAAAUAUGACUAGAAUAAUAACGCAACUAACACAGUGACAACAUCAACAAUGUUUGUAAAUUAUGGGACUCUUUAACGAUAAUAAUAUAAUAUAUUUAUUUUAUUACUAACCCUGUUUACUCAUAAAUUAUUAUAUUUAAUGUCAUACUAUGUAGAAUCAUACCAGUAUUUGAAACAUAUACUGUGAUUUGAAAUCCAUUAUACUAUUAUAUUACAUAAUAUUAUUUAUACAUAAUAUAUUAUAAUAAUUUUAAAAUAGUAUUUUCAUUUAUUAAUUUUCUAAGUUAAAUAAUUAUUUGUAUACCUUAUAUAAUUGUAUAAACUUAAUUUUUAUUUUAAUAAGAUAACUUAUCGCGACCCAAUUUUUAAGCUUACACAACCAAUUUUGCUUUCCAGAUAUUAGGUUAUUGUUAAUAAAAAUACUAACGAUUUUAAAAGAUAUAAAAAUUUUAAAAAUGUUAAAUUUUUUUCUUGUUAAGUUAGAGCUCGAAUUUAGUUCUUUGGUUUGGUCCCUUAACUAUGCGGCUUUUAUUAAUCUUUACUAGUCUAUCUAGGAAUUCUUAUCAUUUACAUUCUGCUCACCUAGGUAUUACAUAUUAUAGUCUCAGAAGAAAAGUUAUUGGUUUAAUGUUUUUAUUUGAUUUGUUUAAUUGAAAUGUAAGUUGCUCAGAGUUACUUUCAAUGGUUGGCUUUCACAUUAGUCAUAUCUGCUUCAGGGUUAAUAAAUUGUUUUGUUUUAUUUUUUACUAAUAACUAUAGGUCAGUAUCAUAUUUUCCUUGAAUUCUAAUGUUAGCAAAUAAAUUACCAUCUUGUGUUGACUUUUUUUUAUGCCUUAUAAAACAUCUUUAGCUUAAAUUUGUAUUUUGUAUUUGUUUAUAUAUUUAAAAUACACUAAUUCUUUACUAUUACAGGUUGAUGAUUAAAAAUUGUAUAAUAAAGAUUUAAUUUUCAGCAAGCCAUGCUUACAUAAACGGUUGAAAACAAUAUCAAGUCGUCAAGUAUUUCCAAUGUGUAAUGCUCACAUAAGCAAAGAUAAAGUUACACUAAUUGAUUUGCUUAAAACUACCAAACAAAAUCUAAGGUAUUUUUUAUAUUAAUUGUUUAAGAUACCAUAUUAUAAACUAUUAAACAUAUGAUUAAAAACUUUAUUUAAAACUAAUUAAUUAAUUAUAAAACAAAUAAUGCCUAUUGCUGCAUCUAACCAUGUUUUUGUAAAAAAAACUAUUUGAAUUUCCAAUUAGACCACCGGAUUACAUUUAUAUAAUCAGUGAAAAUUAAUUUAAAUUAAUCUUAACAUUUUUCCAGGAUAGGGGGAAGACAUAGAUGUUUACCAUUUCCCAUUCAAUCUCCAAUUUACUCUCGCUUAGUUCAUCACUAAAACAUUAGCUUGAAACCGCAAUAAAAUAUUUCAUGUUUGCCAUAAGCCAUGUUUUUCUUUUAAUAUUGACAAAAUUUAGGGGAAUUAUUCUCAACAGAUAUGGCAACACUUUAUGAAGUAGAAAAAAUAGAUUGUAACAGUUGAACUCUACAUGAUUUACAAAAAUUCUUGAAAAUAUUUCAAUUCAUAAAUUUUUAAUUAGUCAAAUAUGCAAAAAAAAAAAAAAUGAUUUUAUAUGAAUAUAUUUUUUUAACAUCAGAAUAUGCACUUAUAUGUAAAAUACAAUUUUGUGUUUAGAUUCUUUGUACUGUGACUGUUGACACAUAUUAUUCUCAUGGUUGUGCAAACGUGUUUUCUUUUAAAUAGAAAUCCGCACUCGUUAUAAUUUUUUUUUCACCUAUAUUAAAAUUUAUAACUUAAAACUUAUAGCUCAUUAAUAAAUAAUAAUGCGAUUCAAAACUAGUAUUUGUAUUCUAACUUAUAAAUUAUUUUUUAUUAGUCAUCUUGUAUAGGGUAAAAGAUGGUAUGUUCAUAAUGAAAUGUUUAAUUACACAUUUAAGUGAUAAGAUUUUAUUAUUGUAAUUAUUUGACGAACUUAUUGUAAAACAACUAGAAUAUAAUAAGCAUAUAAUAUUGGAUUUUUUUGGUGAUGUUAACUGGAAAAUAAGUAUCAUCCAAAUACAUUUAUUACUCAAUAAUAUACAUAUGUUUAGUAAUGUCUUUGAUUUUAACAAUUGAUAAAUAACCGCUGAUUUAUACAUUAGAUUUUGUUAUUAAAUAUAUAUGUAUUUUUUUUUUUUAGAAUCAAAAGAUUACCAAGACUAGCUGACCAUAGAAGACAACAUUUCCUUUUUGACUUAAUUGCUAAUUUAGCAUUCAGUUUUUUUUCAAUUUUCAAAAUAGCACUUGUGUAAAAAAAUAUUUAUUUAAACAUUUAAUUAAAUGACAUUUCGAUCACUAAAUCAUCAACUACAUGAUUUUCGACCAAACGACCCACACCUUUAUAAUUAAACUACACUAAUAAACAACUAAUAAAACUUUUUUUUUUUUACAUUUUGAUUAGCUAAGUCAUGUAAAGUAGGUUGAGUUAAAUAUAAUUUAUAUUAUAUUAUUAGGUAUAUCUGUUUUUGUUUAUAUAACAGACGCAAUACAGUACAACAGUCUCCAUUUUCAGGGAGAAUUUCUCCCUUCUUCAAUGAUAUCUAUAAUAGUGGGUUGCUACAGCACUUACCUACAGUAUAACAAAACAUAACCACUCUUAUCAAAUAUUGCUAACGGAACAUAACAUAACCUAACCUAUAUUGUUUUAAUAUUUUAAUGUUAAAUAAUUUAUCAAUAAAAAGG